AUGCGUAAUUAUCAAUUUAAAAUGGAUGCACCGUUAAGCUGCGAUAGAGAGUACUCGAAUUAUGGGAUGAUUCGGGCAUAUAAGCAUAAGGAGCUAAAAGACAGAAAGGAAAAGAAACAAAGAGAAUCGGAAAUCCCUAUAGAAGACCAAUUUGAGGAAUUCAGAAAGAGUUUGGAAGAAAAGCAUAAGGCUUGGGGUAAAAAGAGCAAUUAUAUUUUAAGCUCUUUAUCUCCUAAUGAUACUCUGAGUACACAAAUAAAAGACCUCUGCAAUGCUAGGGAAUACCGAAAUCAGCUGGCAGCUAAAAAAGUCAGCUAA